CGAUGAGCAGACUCCGAUGACGGUCAGUUACCAGUAUGAGGUGGCCUCCUCCACCAGCGGGGGCUUCACCCGCCUCCUCUUCAUGUGGCGGGGCAGCCUCUACAAGCUCAUCUACCGAGAGCUCAUCCUCUUCCUCGUCCUCUUCGGCAUCCUCAGCGCCCUCUACAGGAACGCCUUCAGUCCUGAGCAGAUGCGUAUUUUCGAGAAAGCAGUCCUCUAUUGCGAUUCUUUCAUCCAGCUGAUACCAUUGUCUUUUAUUCUUGGUUUUUAUGUGACCUACGUUGCGGAUCGAUGGUGGAAACAAUACAUGGCUAUACCUUCACCCGAUAAGAUAAUGCACGCGCUAGCUCUCUACGUUGGCUCCAACGACGAAGACAGCCGUAUCCUCCGAAGGACUCUGAUACGCUACCUGAAUUUGUCCUUUAUCUUGAUCCUGCGUUCCGUCAGUUCGGCCGUCAUGCGGCGUUUCCCGACCUUGGACCAUCUCGUCGAGGCAGGAUUCAUGACAAGAAUAGAAUUAGAAAUGUUCACAGCAGUACCCACAACAGAUAUAAAUACAUAUUGGUUUCCUUGUUCAUGGUUUAUUUCCGUACUAAAAGAUGCAUGCAGUAAGAACAAAAUUAAUGAUGCUUCUGGUCUUAAGCUAAUAAUGGAGGAAUUCAAUGAGUUUCGUUCUAAAUGUGGGCUUCUCUGGAGUUAUGAUUGGGUUUCCAUUCCAUUAGUGUACACUCAGGUUGUUAUGGUGGCAACAUAUUCUUUUUUUCUGGCAGCACUAGUUGGGAGACAAUAUGUUAAUGAAUCUAAAAAAGUACCUCAAAUGGAAGUUGAUAAAUAUUUUCCUGUGUUCACAGUUUUGCAGUUUUUAUUCUAUAUGGGGCUUCUAAAAGUUGCAGAACAGCUAAUAAAUCCAUUUGGUGAAGAUGAUGAAGAUUUUGAGCUUAAUUGGCUCAUCGACCGACAUACUAAGGCCUCCUAUCUAGGAGUCGAUACACUUCUCAAGAGGACUCCACCCCUUGUUAAGGAUAAAUAUUUUGAAGAAAUAAAUGUGGUUCUUCCAUAUACAGGUUCCAGAGAUUCUUUCAAAAGAAGGAUAAUACACAGAGGAUCAACUUAUCGAAUGAAAAUUCCUAAAAAUAAACAAGUCAUGUUUCUACCUCAAACUACCAAUGAUGAAAUCGAUAGCAACCAAGGAAAAAAACCAAUUACAUCAAUAUCUGGUAAGCACAUUAGACAUGGAUCAGUUGGAAUUUGGGGACAAAAUAUAGGACACAUUGACAUUGAAAAAGCAGAUUAUAAUGAGGUUGUAGCUUCGUUUCAAAUACAUUCAGGGGUUAAUAUCAAACAUUUCUUCAAAAGAAAUGGCACCAUCCAUAAAUCCAAUGCUGAAGAUAAACCUUUUGAGGUUUCUCGAAAGAAACGUUGGCAAUGCAGGUCUUUCAAUACGACAGUUGAUAGCUACUGUUCUACAAAAAAAUUUGUUAGUAACACUUCAUUUGAAAUAUCUCCAGAAACUGAAAAGAGUAUUGAAGAAAUCAGAAUGUCACAGAGGAGAAAAUCAUUGAGAAGCUCUUCAGUGGAUUUAUCCACACAAAAUAUUUUGAGUAGCAAAGUAUUGCCAAGAGACCACAACCAAUCGAAAAAAGUUAGAUGGAAAUCUAAUUCAAAAGAUCUAGAAGGAGAUUUCUUGGGAGACAAUCAUUUAUCAAAUAAUGAAGAAAAAUCAAUCAUAACUUUACAGAAACAAGAGAAAAAUAAACAGAUUGAUCCGCUGUGGCUUAUGAUAGAUCCGUCAAAGGCCACUACAACCUACUCUGAUUAUAAAUUUUGGAGCAAUAACAAUAUAUACUGUCCUUUUAGCAACAGUUUACCAAAUUUACAUCUGUAAAUAUCAUCUUGCAAUGAAGCUUUGAUUUACAACUAAAAAGAAGUUUUUUACAAAUCAUUUUGCCUUAUUAUAUAAACAUCGAGCAAAAUAUAAUUUUUCAUGAAAAGUAUAAAUUAUUAGCUUAAUGUCAAAACUGAUUGUUAUAUAUCAUUUUAAACAUAUUCUUAUCACAUAUCAACAUUAAUAAAAACUAAAUAGAUUCAAUUUAUAGUGAAUUAUUUGUGAUAAUCAGUGGCUUCCAGCUUUACAAAUUAAUUUUAUAACAGACUUUAUCAUGCUUUGUACAUAUUAAUACCUUUAAAGUACAGCGUAAUUGUGCAUAAUUUUGUGUCUAAUUAUGUUUAAUAAAACAUUAUAUUGUUUAAUAAAGUUUGUACCUUUU